AGCGGAUCGCGGGAGGCCAUUUUAGGUCCCUGUGGGGCAGCCGCGAGUCCGAUUUGGCUCGGUCGCGAGCACCCGGGCUGAAUCGGAAGUAGCUACCUUCGGGGGCUGAGGCCUGGGUUUCGCGGCAGGUGGCCGGUUCCCGGGACCCGGGUAUGUUGGGGCCGCGGACCCCCAUCUCCCUGUGGCGCCCCCAGCUGAAGAAGUACUGUUAAGUCCUGGAAAUAGCAGCUCCUUAUCAUGGCCAGCAGCCCUGAUGAAGAUCCAGGAGAGAACAGAAUUGUAUAUGUGAAAGGGGACCUUUUUGCAUGCCCCCAAACAGACUCAUUGGCACACUGCAUCAGUGAGGAUUGUCGAAUGGGUGCUGGGAUAGCUGUUCUCUUCAAAAAGAAGUUUGGAGGGGUGCAAGAGCUCUUGAAUCAACAAAAGAAAUCUGGAGAAGUGGCAGUGCUAAAGAGAGAUGAAAGAUAUAUAUACUACCUGAUUACAAAGAAGAGGGCUUCUCACAAGCCAACUUAUGAGAACUUGCAAAAGAGUUUAGAGGCCAUGAAAACCCAUUGUCUGAAGAAUGGGGUCACUGACCUCUCCAUGCCUAGGAUUGGAUGUGGUCUUGACCGCCUACAGUGGGAGAAAGUGUCUGCAAUGAUUGAAGAGGUGUUUGAGGGCACAGACAUCAGGAUUACUGUAUAUACUCUCUGAAAAGAUGGUCCUUGUGGAUGUGUCCAUGUCUCUCAUCUCACCCCCACCGAUCCCAGAGAACUGGGACAAGAGAUGUUAAAUUGCAGGGAAAAGUUUUAUUUGAAGUAGUCUAU